UGCUACUGCAUAUCGAUCCAGCGAACAGCUAGUGCGUGUGACUACGUCAUUGAGAGGGAGAAGAAGAAGAAGACCAACUGGAAUGGGAGAAGAAGGAGACCCGACUGCUCCGGUAACCGACUCUGCACCGCCGCCGCCGUCCUGGCGAUCUUACCUAUCGGAAGAUCUUCCCCGCAGCGUCCAAGAGUCCGCCGAUUCUGCCAUUGGAGCUGCGCGCUCACUCCAACAAUCCUCCUCCAACCAUUUCCGCUCCCUUCAGGAUCUCGCUCCCGAGAUCAGAGCUCGAUACAGUAAUUACGAGGAGGCUUUCGUCCACAGAGUUAAAGAUGAGUUGACGAAUUUAGCAGAGCAUCCAGCUCUAGCGUGUGGAGUUGCUGCUUCUGCACUACUUCUUAUGCGUGGGCCAAGAAGAUUUUUAUUUCGGCAUACAUUUGGCCGGCUUCAGAGUGAAGAGGCACAAUUCAUUAAAUCGGAGAAGAAUGUCAAAGAGUUGGCCUUGUCUGUUGAUAUAAUGAAGAAGGAAAGCAAUAAACUUCUUGAAAGAUCAGCACUAGCAGAAAAAGACAUGAAGCGUGGCCAUUAUGACCUCAUGGAUGCUGGAAGUCAGAUCCAAAACCUCGCUAGAUCAGCUUAUAAGGCUGAAGUACAAGCUGCUGAUUUAAUGGAUCUGCUGCGAGAAAUUCCUGGCAGGGAAGCUUUGAAGCUACGAGCAGAUGUUGCAUCAUUGGCAUCACAUCUGCGGCAACAGAGAUUGGCCAUGAAUAAAAGAAUCUUGAAGAUCUCUGAAUUAGGUGUUCCAGUGUGAUAAUUUUGACCCCAUUUCUCUGUUAAUUUGGGGAAACUGACCAUACAAUAUUUAUAACUGGUAUUGUGAGAAAUUUUCGAAGUUUCCAUGUGCAUCACACUCCAACUGUGAGUUGGGAUUGAAUAUGGUUUGUGAGCAGAUUGAUGAGUUUGCUAGUCAUCAUGAAUGUAGUAGUGAAGAAUCUCCCAGUACCAAUAAUAAUAAGUGAAAAACAAACAAAUUGGCAGUUGAAUGUGUUUUAUU